AUGCCUCCUCAGCCACGAUUGGAACGAUAUUGGGCCUUGGUAGAUUCAGGCCUCAGCAAUGACGACCUGUCGCUCCCCAAAGCCACUGUUCAGAAGAUUGUGGGUGAAAUCCUGCCACCCCAUGGCGGCAUAACUUUCGCAAAGGAAGCCAGGGAUCUCCUUAUCGAGUGCUGCGUGGAAUUCAUCACCCUCAUCUCGUCUGAAGCCAACGAAAUUUCCGAAAAGGAGGCCAAAAAGACGAUUGCUUGUGAUCACAUCACCAAGGCACUUGAGCUGCUUGGCUUUUCCGACUACGUGCCCGCCGUGCUCGAAGCUGCUGCCGAGCACAAGGAGGUGCAAAAGGGCCGCGAGAAGAAGGCGGACAAAUUCGCCAAUAGUGGCAUGUCCAUGGAGGAACUGGCGCGUUUGCAGGAAGAACAGUUCGCCCAGGCCAGACAGAGACAUGGAUAA